AUGGCGCUCUCCGACCUCUCCCGCGACUCGCUCCUCCCCAGCUUCCUCUACUCCCCGCGCUCCUUCGCCGCCGCCGCCUCCCCGCGCUUCCCCUCCUCCCCGUCGCCCUACCAGGCGCCCGCCUCGCCCGCCGCGGCCCCGGCUGCUGGCCUCGUCGGCGCUGGCGGGGUCGGGGGCGGCAGGCCCUUCUCGAUCCGCGCGCCCAACGAGAAGAUAGAGAUGUACUCUCCCGCCUUCUACGCCGCCUGCACCGCCGGGGGGAUCGCCAGCUGCGGGCUCACCCAUAUGGCCGUCACCCCGCUCGACCUCGUCAAGUGCAACAUGCAGAUUGACCCGGCGAAAUACAAGAGCAUCUCAUCUGGAUUUGGUGUUCUGUUAAAGGAGCAAGGAGCUAGGGGAUUCUUCAGGGGAUGGGUGCCUACCUUGCUUGGUUACAGUGCUCAGGGGGCUUGCAAGUUUGGGUUCUAUGAGUUCUUUAAGAAGACCUACUCAGAUAUGGCUGGGCCUGAGAAUGCUGUGAAGUACAAGACCCUGAUUUACCUUGCAGGGUCAGCUUCUGCUGAGGUAAUUGCUGAUAUCGCUCUGUGCCCCUUUGAAGCUGUCAAGGUCCGUGUGCAGACACAGCCUGGAUUUGCUCGUGGGUUGAGUGAUGGGCUUCCCAAGUUCAUCAAAGCUGAGGGUGCUGCUGGGCUCUACAAGGGCAUUGUUCCGCUCUGGGGUCGCCAGAUUCCUUACACCAUGAUGAAGUUUGCUUCCUUUGAGACCAUUGUUGAGCUUAUCUACAAACACGCUGUUCCUGUUCCCAAGGCCGAGUGCAGCAAGUCUUCCCAGUUGGGUAUCAGCUUUGCUGGUGGCUACAUUGCUGGUGUCUUCUGUGCUAUUGUUUCUCACCCGGCUGACAACCUGGUCUCUUUCCUCAACAAUGCCAAGGGUGCUACAGUGGGUGAUGCUGUUAAGAAGAUUGGCAUGUUGGGCCUUUUCACCAGAGGACUUCCCCUUCGCAUCGUCAUGAUCGGUACUCUUACCGGUGCUCAGUGGGGAAUCUAUGACGCCUUCAAGGUCAUGGUGGGACUCCCGACCACCGGCGGUGCUCCACCAGUUGCUCCGGUAGAGGAAGCAGCGAAAAUGGUUAUUGUGUCAUCAUUUUGA